UGCGUUAAAGGCAGCUCCACCCGCUCCCAUCUCGAGUGUCGCGGUGCGCAGGCGCGGGCUCUCUCCUUGUCACUCGGCGCCGCGUGCGGGUUGGUGGCUCGGCGGUGACUGUGGUGGCGGUCUUCGGCACCAUGAGCGGCUACAGCAGCGAGGAGCGCGCCGCGCCCUUCACCCUCGAGUACCGCGUCUUCCUCAAAAAUGAAAAAGGACAGUAUGUAUCUCCAUUUCAUGAUAUUCCGAUUUAUGCAGAUAAGGACAUAUUCCACAUGGUAGUUGAAGUUCCACGCUGGUCUAAUGCAAAAAUGGAGAUCGCUACAAAGGAUCCUUUAAACCCAAUUAAGCAAGACGUAAAAAAGGGGAAACUCCGUUAUGUUGCAAAUUUAUUCCCUUAUAAAGGAUAUAUCUGGAACUAUGGUGCCAUCCCUCAGACUUGGGAAGACCCAGGACAUAGUGACAAACACACUGGCUGUUGUGGUGACAAUGACCCAAUUGAUGUUUGUGAAAUUGGAAGCAAGGUAUGUGCAAGAGGUGAGAUAAUCAGGGUGAAAGUUCUGGGCAUCUUGGCUAUGAUUGACGAAGGAGAAACCGACUGGAAAGUCAUUGCCAUUAAUGUGGAUGAUCCUGAUGCAGCCAACUACAACGAUAUCAAUGAUGUUGAACGGCUGAAACCUGGCUACUUAGAAGCUACUGUGGACUGGUUUAGAAGGUACAAGGUUCCUGAUGGAAAACCAGAAAAUCAGUUUGCUUUCAAUGCAGAAUUCAAAGAUAAGAACUUUGCAGUUGAUAUCAUUAAAAGCACUCAUGACUAUUGGAAAGCAUUAGUAACUAAGAAGACAGACGGGAAAGGAAUCAGUUGCAUGAACACAACGGUGUCUGAGAGCCCUUUCAAGUGUGACCCUGAUGCUGCCAAAGCCAUCGUGGACGCGUUACCGCCACCAUGUGACUCUGCCCACACAGUACCAACAGAGGUGGAUAAGUGGUUCCAUCACCAGAAAAACUGAUGAAACUCCCCAAGAAAACGUGCUGAUUUCACUGCAUCCUGCUCAUCUGAAAGGAGUAGAGGCAAAAGUAGUAGCUUCCCAAACCUCUAGACUAGGCAUCUCAUCGGACUAAAGCCAGUUCUGCUGUGACCAGUUCAAUAUAUUCAGAAUGUUAUCUGUGUAAAACCAGUUUUCCUAUCUCGACGAAGAUAACUUUCAGCAGCCCAUGCUUAAGAAUUAAAGCACUUGUGAUUUGGAAGUCAUUUGUGAAUAGAUGUGCAAGUGAACACAUAUCAGAUGUAUAUGUUUACCAUGUGUUAGGAAAUAAAAUUAUUUUGCUGAAACUUGAA